AUGGUCUACGUAACCAAACGACUGCUAAUGUUCCCAUCCAAUUGGGUCCUAAUUGUAUUGGUCGCGGUCCCCUCUGGUCUGACUAAUGCGUUUAAAAUAAAGAGGACAGCCAAGGAUUUGGAGAGUCAGCUUUAUGAAGAUUUGUUAUUUGAUUAUAAUAAGGUGCCCAGGCCUGUCAAAAACAGUUCUGACAUACUUACGGUGGAUGUAGGUGCUUCUCUUAUUAGGAUAAUUGAUGUCGAUGAGAAGAAUCAAGUGCUCACAACCAAUUUGUGGUUGGAAAUGAAAUGGAACGAUGCAAAAUUAACAUGGACGCCUGAAAAAUAUGGUGGCCUAAAAACCUUACAUAUACCGAGUGAAUUUAUUUGGACCCCUGAUCUGGUGUUAUACAAUAACGCAGCAGGAGAUCCUGACAUCACAAUAUUGACCGACGCGUUGGUGACAUUUGAAGGAAACGUUUAUUGGCAACCACCAGCGAUUUACAAAUCUUUUUGCCCUAUUGAUGUCACAUGGUUUCCAUACGACUCUCAAAAAUGUGAAAUGAAGUUUGGCACAUGGACCUAUACUGGUCGAUAUGUGGACUUGAAGCAGCUACCUCAAGAAGAAGUUGUCACUAUCACAAAAGACGGUAGUGAUGUAGAAUUCAUGCAACAGGGAAUGGAUUUAAGUUUUUUCUACCGUUCAGCGGAAUGGGAUCUUUUAUCAUUGACUUCAGAACGACACUCUGUACUUUAUGCGUCAUGUUGUGGUCCCGAAAAAUAUGUUGAUAUCACUUACUACUUUGGAUUACGACGGAAAACCCUGUUUUUCACAUGUAAUCUAAUCAUCCCUUGUUUUCUUAUUUCGAUUUUGACGACGUUUGUAUUCUAUCUUUCCGAUCAUAAGAUUACGUUCUCCAUCUCCAUUUUGGUUACCCUCACUGUGUUCUUCUUGGUGCUGAUUGACUUGAUGCCCCCAACUAGUCUGGUGAUACCCAUGUUUGGUAGAUAUUUGAUCACAACUAUGAUACUUGUCGCCUUAUCAACAGUGGUAUCAGUUAUCACAGUGAAUUUCCGCUUCCGGUCUGGAAGUGCACAUAAAAUGUCACCAUGGAUUAGAGCGGUUUUUCUGAAAUUUCUGCCGAAAAUUCUUAUGAUGUCUCGACCCGAGAAGGGAGAAGUGACCAAACAACCGCCACUGGUCGACGCGGCAAGUUUGGUGGGCUCCAACUAUGCAACGGCGGCGAAGGCGGCUAACGAGUACCGAAACAAGGCCAAGGCAAAGAACAACGAUGCGAUGAGUUUGAGGGGGAAGCCGAGCUCGCAGGCUGUUUUGAACAACACAUUUGACAUGAGAAUGAGGAAUAAUGAUAGUAAUGUUGAAAAUAGGCUCAAGCCAUACUUAUGUGCUCAAAACAACAAUGCACCUACUGUGGCGUUCAGGAAGACGAAACGGCAGAAGAGCAAAACAGUGGAUGAUGUGGUUUUUAUGAAUUUAUUGAAUCAAGUGAGAUUCAUUGCUGAGCACUUUAGACAUAAUGAGUUGGAAGGAGAGAUUUCUGACGAUUGGACAUUUGUUGCAAUGGUCCUCGAUCGGCUCUUCCUUAUCAUCUUCUCUGUGCUCAACGUGGGUACGGUAUUCAUUAUUCUGGAAUCACCAUCGUUGUACGAUUAUUCCAAACCAAUGAAUAUCACAGUGCCAAGCAAGCCGCUAGGACAAGCCAACUUUUAUAGCUCAUGGAAUUUGAAAUAA